GAGUUGUCAGCGCUGGGGUGGAGGGUGAAGCUGCAGGCUCGUUAGGAAGAAAAAAGCUACAACUACAGACAAAACAGGCUUCCAUUCAGCUUGAGUUCCAUCUUUGUCUCUAUUGUUUACCAGGGACUACACCCUGUUUGGAACUAUACAGCACACAGGACCAUCUAGAGGCUGAAUGAUAUACUGAAUCCUCUUAGCAUAGGUAUGCCUGUUUGACUGCCGUGGUCGUGGAUGAUGGAAAAGCAACCGUCAAACAACAGUAUCCUCGAUCAGUUUAUUAAUAGCCAGGAGCAGACAUAUGAAGAAUUUCUCAGCACGUUCACUUAUCUUUGGAAAGAAGAGGUGAAAAUGAAAAGCCGAGUAUCUGAAAUGGAUUCCAUAGAAAAUACAUUUUCAAUGCUUGAGUUGUCAAACAGAAAUAAACAGAAUGUCUCUCCUGUAAGAAACAAAGAGCCAUCAGUGUCUCUCUCAUCACAGACUGUGGAUGAAGACCAGAUAAUGAUGGGUGAAGGCUGGAAAGUUGGCUGCUCUAACCAAGGUGACCUCAGUCUGGCAAGAAGAGUGAAGGUGGACAAUUUGGAGUUGAAAGAUUUUGACACAGAUGAUGAAUUCGGUCAAGGGACAUAUAGUGCAGGGUCAUUAGUGCUUCCAGGAGAGGUGGAACAGACAGCAACUUGCUAUACACCUUCCUUUGAUCAGCCUACUAAUCUGGAGUUUGGGACCUUGUCAAUUACACAACCAUCAAUCAGCAGAACACAAGAGCUAUGUGGGGAUGAAGUUCAGCUGUUCUCCCUUGAUGAAGAAUUUGACUAUGACAGUGUGCCAUUGACCCCCAAGUUCUCUGAGGCUGAGAUGAAGGCCAUUAUAAACUUGUCUGAACAGAAAAAAGUAAGGAUCGGCCUUAAGUCUGAAGACUGAAGCUGAUGGACCUUGCUGGGCAUUCUCUGUUAUUCAGCUGGAAAAAUAUUUGUAAGGGGAAAAUCCAACUCCCUCUUCUGCAAUCAUAGAGGGCUCUUUUGCAAUGAGAGCCAGCGUGGGUCUGUCAUAGAGCCUGUGGGAUGUUCAUAUACUCCAGUGUCUCUCAAACUUUUGUCCUGGUGACCCCUUUCACACAGCAAGCCUCUGUGUGUGACCCCCCCUUAUACAUUAAAACACUUUUUUAUA